UUUUUCUUUUUUUUUCUAACAGUUAGCAGAAUAAAGGCGUGUCUCUGAGUCAUGCAUAUAAUAGCGCGACGAACCGCGAUAGGCUUCGGCUCUCCGCUUCUCCUCAGCUCAGUACGCACCAGCAAACCCACCGACUGCCGCGGGCUCCCGAUCAUGGCCGAGCGCUCCCCACAUUCAGAGGUGUUCAACAAGCCCAAGAUCGAGCUGCAUGUUCAUCUUGAUGGAGCCAUCAGAGUGCAGACCAUUCUGGAUGUUGCCAAGAGACGAGGUAUCUCUCUUCCUGCAAACACAGCCGAGGAACUGAAGGAGAAGAUCAUCGUUCACGAGCCUGUCACUCUCACCAAAUUUUUGGAAAAAUUCAAGGAGUACAUGCACGUGAUUGCCGGAGACAGAGAAGCCAUAAAGAGGAUCGCUUAUGAGUUUGUUGAGGACAAAGCCAAGGAAGGAGUCAUUUACGUUGAGGUCAGGUACAGCCCGCAUUUCCUCGCCAACUGUGAUGUUGGCAAAAACAUUCCCUGGAACCAGACGGAAGGAGACUUGACCCCGGAUGAGGUGGUGCGUCUGGUUAACGAGGGCCUCAGCGAGGGGGAGAGGGCCUUCAAAAUCAAAGCCAGGUCCAUUCUAUGCUGCAUGCGCCACAUGCCAAACUGGUCCAUUGAAGUGGUGGAGCUGUGUAAGACGUAUCGGGAUGCCGGCGUGGUGGCCAUCGAUCUGGCAGGCGACGAGUCGAUGAACCUCGAAGAAAACUCAAAUCACAAGGUGGCCUACGAGGAGGCCGUUCGCUGUGGGAUUCACCGCACGGUUCAUGCAGGAGAGGUGGGCCCGGCAUCGAUGGUGAAGGAGGCUGUUGAAGAGCUGAAGGCCGAACGAAUCGGACAUGGCUACAACACGCUUCAGGACAAAGACCUGUACAGAAAACUGCUGGAGCAAAACAUGCACUUUGAGAUGUGUCCCAUUUCCAGUAAGCUGACAAGUGCCUGCAGCUCAGACUUUACCCAACACCCCAUCAUAACGUUUAGGAAGGACAAGGCUAACUACUCCCUGAACACAGAUGACCCUCUGAUCUUCAACUCCAACCUGCCACUCGACUACAGCAUUGUGCACCAACACAUGGGAUUCACGGAGGAGGAAUUCAAACGGCUGAACAUCAACUCUGCAAAGUCGAGCUUCCUCCCAGAGAAGGAGAAAGAGGAGCUUCUCCACCAACUGUACGAAGCGUACGGGAUGAUGCGGAGCACCGCCCUCUGAAAUGCCCUCUGACCUCUUAAGCAGCGACACAAAGAAAUGUGGUUCCACUGCUGUGUGAGCCCACAUGAAGCCUAGAGAACAUCAGACCAGCUGGUUACCACUUCACCUCCCCCUGUGAUCCGGUUUCAUCUCAAGAAGUUCUUACAUACCUCCACAGUUUUUUAUCCACAUGAGGUUACAUUCCUCUGGAAGGUGCAGAAACAUCCGAGGGUUGUCAUUUCAUCUCAUCUUGAGUUUACAUGUUGUUGUUAUGAAGACGAGCUUUAAAAUGCAGUUAUUCAGUAUUCAUAAACUUAUGCAGCCUAUGGACGCCAGCUUGUUUUUUGUUGUUUACAUCCUGUAGAGGUAAAUUGCAGUGCUAAAAGAUGAUGGGAAAAAUAAUUGAUUUAAGAGCAGAAUAUGAGAGAACGCAUGCGGACAAGCAGAUUGAUGUGCUUUUUGCUCUCCACAUGAAACGAACCCGGGACCAGAUGCAUGAAACGUUCAUGAAAAUAUACAUAGUUUUCUGUCAGUGGGAGACGUAAUGCACAUUAACUUUAUUCCCACUUCCAUCUUUAAUUAUGAGAGGCUGUAAAUCACUAACAUAAAUAAUGUUGCACUAAUGAAUAAAAAGAACUGGUGCCAAACUGGAAGAAAGUAAAAAAUUAUUCUUCACUG